CCGGCCCUCCCACCACUGACUGAGUUUCUGGAGGCCAGGGAGCUUUCUUCAGCACAGGAGGCGCCGCGCUCUGCCGCCGGUCGACCCCUGAGGGCGAGGCCAGAAGGAACGGAAAUGUGGCACGGUUCGGCGGUUCUCAGAUGCGCGCGACUGCCCAAGUACGCACGCUCCGCUGGAGUCUGGGGUGGCCGGGCAGUCUCGGCCGAGACGUGUUUGCUGCGCUUCGGUGCACACAGGCACUGCGGUGCCAACCUCCUGGUUCCGCCCUCCCCCGGCAGGCGCCCACGCGUGACCUCGGCCGCCCACAGGCCUUCGACUCUUCCCGGACUCCAGGUCCCAAGCCACCCCGCUCCACCCUGCGGAUGAUGAAGACAAAGUCCCCCGCAAGUCCCUCAUGUGGGGCAAGGGGGAGGUACCACCUGGGGCCGCCUGGCUCCCCACUGAGCAGAGGUGUUGGCCAAGGCGCUCCCCCUAGUGAGACAAGGUUUUGCCAUGUUGCCCAGGCUUUUCUCAAACUCCUGAGCUCAAGCAAUCCGCCCACCCCAGCCUCCCAAAGCACUGGGAUUAUAGACAUGAGCCACCACACCCAGCCCCAGGUGGCAAGUCUUUCUGAUAGGCACUGCUCCGAAGUGAAUCACACUGUGCUAAGCCCCCACAAGGGAGUGCCUUUGCAGCUUACAGCUGCACACACAUCAUCUCAGGAGGUCCUUGCAACAUUCCCCUUUCACGGGUAA